CAUAAAAGAAAAGAAAGAGGAGAGAUGAAACAGAGGGAGGGAGAUAAUGGAGGCAGUGGUGAACGUGUUGGUGGAGAACUUGACGGAGUUACUGUACGAGAACUUCCAGCUAAUCUCCGACGUAGAAGACGACGUGAAGAAGCUCCUCCGCUUCGUCAAUGGCUUCAAGUCCUUCCUCAAAGAAUCCCGAAAAAUCCGGACGGAAAAUGACAUCGUGAAGCAGCUGGAGAAGGAGAUCAUGGACGUCGUCUACCGCUCCGAAAACCUCAUCGACCAAUACGUGGUCGACGCCAAGAUCCACGCCGAGAGGUUCACCAGUUUCCUCGAUUACCCCUUGAAAAGAGAGGUCGCCAGAAAGAUCAAAGCAAUUCUCGAGGAAAUCAAGGUAAUCCAGGACAAGAAGGAGUAUCAGAAAGUGAUCGAAGAUAAAGUGUUGCCCCGAGAACUUGCCCAGUCUGUGCUGCAGCAGCAGCAGAAGGUACCCAGAGUUGAAGAAGAGUAUGUGGUAGGGUUUGAUGAAGAGGCAAAAAUAAUUAUCCAACGUCUUAGGGAGGGAUCCAGUUAUGGAGUUAUUUCAGUUUUUGGUAUGCCUGGCCUUGGAAAAACCACAUUGGCCAACAAGGUGUUCAAGUCGGAGGAAAUCGAAUAUCAUUUCAUGUAUCGUGUUUGGAUAUAUGUUUCCCAGUUCUACAAGAAAAGGGAUGUCUAUCUACAAAUUCUGAAGAAAUUACAACAGCCCCAUGAUUGUGAUAUAAAGGUGACUGAAGAGGAAUUAGCUAGCAAGAUUAAAGAAGUUUUGGGGCAUGUAAAGUAUUUUGUUGUGCUGGAUGAUGUUUGGUCCGUAGACGCAUUCAAUGAUAUCCAGGAUGCUUUUCCAAAGAGCAAAGGUAGUAGAGUCUUGGUUACUACUCGGGAGGAGAGAGUGGCGACCAUUGUGAGGUCUCUGGGAGAGCCUCACCGCUUGAAAUUUUUAGAGCCUAAAGAAAGCUGGGAGCUACUUGAGAAGAAGGUUUUUCGUGAGGAAAGAUGCCCCGAUGACUUGAAAGAGUAUGGUGAAGAGAUAGCAAAAAAAUGUGAUGGACUACCACUAGCGGUAGUGAUAAUUGCUGGUAUUCUCUUAGGAAAAUCGAAAACUCGGUUAGAAUGGCGCAAUGUGGCUAUCAGUUUUAGUGAUUUCCUUAGAAUGAAUAUAGAGAGCUACCAGAGGUUAAUACAAUUAAGUUAUGAUCAUUUGCCCGAUGACUUAAAGAGUUGCUUCCUUUAUUUGGGAGCCUUUCCCAAUGGCAAUCAUAUCCCCGCUGCAAAACUGAUGCAGCUAUGGAUUGCAGAGGGAUUUAUUGAAGAAGAAGGAGUAUUAACUAUGGAAGUCAUAGCAGGUGAAAAGUUGUGUAGUUUAGUCAGUAGGAAUCUUGUUAUGGCUACACAAAGAAAGACAGAUGGUCAAAUCAAAACAUGUCGUGUUCACGACAUGUUGCUCCAGUUUUGCAAGAAGGAAGCUAAGGCUGAAGAUUUAUUCAAUGAAAUCAAUGAAACCAACAUCAGGAAUCAACAAGAUUCUUGUCGCCGUCUGAGUGUUCACUGCUCUUUUAAAGAGUUCAUCUCUUCAAAGCAGAAUCCAGAAUAUGUCCGGUCAUUGCUAUGUUUUGCCUCGAAUAGAAUCGAAAUGCCUCCACAAAUAAUUCAAUCACUCCGCAAGGCCUUUCCAUUGUUGAGGGUGUUGCACUUUGCACCAGAUGAAUCGAUCAUUUUCAUGCGUUGUCAUAGAGAUUUUUCUCGGUUAUUUCAUCUUAGGUACAUCGCUAUCUCGACUACACUCAAAACCCUCCCUACAGAGAUUGGGAACUUGCGGAAUGUGCAGACUCUUAUUGUUAGGACAUCAGAGAGUACUCUUGAAAUCAAAGGAGAUAUAUGGAGCAUGUCAAGGUUAAGGCAUUUGCAAACUAAUUCUUCUGCCAAACUUCCUCCCCCUUCCUCUUCAAAAACCAAGAAAGAUCCGUUUCCAAAUCAAAACUUGCAAACCCUUUCUAAGGUUUCGCCUUUAAGCUGCACGGCUGCUGCACUUGCCAAGGCCCCCAAUCUCAAGAAAUUGGGCAUUCGGGGGACUUUGGCUAAACUAUUUGAGACAGACAAAAUUAGUGGAUCUAGUUUGUUCAAAAACCUCAGAGAGUUGAAGUUUCUGGAAAAUCUUAAGCUGUGGAAUGACGGGGAGGAACUUCAACACCUUCCUCAAAAGUAUGAAUUUCCAACGAACCUAACAAAGCUGACCCUGUCAAAGACCUACCUCCCAUGGUGUGAAUUGUCUGUGUUGGGAACACUAGAGAAACUUGAAAUCCUCAAGUUGAUUGAGCAUGCAGUUGUAGGAGAGUAUUGGGAGCCAAUCAUUGGUGGUUUUCUUUGUCUUCAGGUCUUGCAUAUUGAGAGGACCGACUUAAGGUCCUUGAAAGCUUCAAAUAAACACUUCCCAAGACUCAAGAGCCUUGCUCUUAGGCACUGUGAGAAGCUUGAGGCGAUCCCACUUGCCCUGGCUGAUAUAAGCAGUCUAGAGAUAGACUUGAACCAUAGCAAGAUGGCAAUCCCGUCUGCACAAGAUAUACUCAAGCAGAAACAGCAGAAACAGGACCCAACCGAAAAACCCACCCAUAGAUUCAAGCUCACUAUCUAUCCUCCUUUGGAUCCUUCUCAAGCAAGCUAGCUUUGGCAGGUGUACUGUUCAACUCUACGGAGUAUUAUUUAUUUUAUUUUCUAUUGGUGUGAAGUCAUAACGCAUUGGAGGCUACUAUUCCUACCCAGGAAGCUGUUUGAUUUUGUCCAUGCAUGUUAGCAAAGACGACCAGGAGAGUCUACUCUCAAUACUUAGCUAGCAGAUGUUUUAAGGGUUGUUGACAAUGAGAUCGAACCAUUUUGAAGCUGUUGUUAAGGUAAAAUUAAGAUUCAUGACCUUAUCAUUUGUGAGCUGAGCUGCUUGAAAGUAAAGUAUGUCUUCAAGAUGAUGUUUUCAAUUAAGUCCCUUCAUAUUAUAAUUAACUACAAUGGAUCUGUUAUUGGUUUGUGAUA